ACGAAGGAAGCGCCCGAACCAAGAUGGCGGCGAGCAAUCACCCGCGAACAAGGAAGAUAUAAAUGGCCGUCAUUCCAAGCAGAGGGAGGAGGAGUCAAAGGCAGCGCGGAGUGCGGGUGACAGCAGCGACGCCCACGGAGGGCCAGACGCCAUGGCACUCGGGUCGCUGAAGGGUGCCACGCUCAAGGAAACCCUCUGCCGAACCUUGCAACAAUGCAGUGAAGUUUGUGGAUUGCGUCAUGGCCCGUCUCCGUUUUCUUUCAACGCCUUCGCCCGUUUUCUUCACCGGCCGUGCGAUCCGGCAUCACUCGCAGCUACUCGGAUCAUGUUUGGGGUGUUAAUGGCUCUGGAUGUACUGCAAGAGCGCGGCAUGAGUGUGGCGGAUGUUAAGUGGGGGGACUCAAGUAAAUGUCGCUUUCCCUUGCUGGAGGUGUUGCAUCCUCUGCCGCUGCCAUAUAUGGUUGUCUUGUACGCCGUCAUGUUUAUUUGCUCUGUCAUGAUGGCUCUCGGCCUCCUGUGGCGCGCCUCCUGUAGCGUCUUCGUGGCCUCGUACUGGUACCUGUUCCUCCUGGACAAAUCCUCCUGGAACAACCACUCCUAUCUGUACGGUCUCCUGUCGUUCAUUCUGCUGCUGUCUGAUCCUCACCGCUGCUGGUCCUUAGACGGAAUGACGAAGCCAGGCAUCCGAAACAGCCACGUCCCCUUCUGGAGCUACGCGGUACUUCGAACUCAGGUCUUCCUCCUCUAUUUCUUGGCUGGGAUUAAGAAGCUCGACCCUGAUUGGCUGUUGGGAUAUUCGAUGCAGAACCUCUCCGAACAUUGGGUCUUUUCGGUGUUCAGACCGAUCCUGAGCAACAACGCCAUUGACUACUUCAUAAUACAUUUGGGGGGAUUCACGCUGGACCUCACCAUCGGCCUCUUGCUCCUGUGCGACUCCACGAGAAAACCUGCUCUUUUCUUCGGCUCUGCUUUCCACCUCAUGAAUUCACAGAUUUUCUCUAUAGGUAUGUUUCCUUGGGUAUGCAUAGCGACUCUGCCGAUCUUCUGCAACCUGUCCUGGCCGCGACCUCUUCUCUCGUCGUUUCAGAAAUUCCUUCUUCCUCUCAGAACCCUCCACGACAGGUUUAUAGCAUCCAGACAGAGUAGUGACGAGGGGCCUUCAACGGACGACGACGCAACGACUUACAGCUGGUCGUCCAUCUCUCGACAGGAAAAGAUCAGACUCUACACCUCCCAGAAACUGAACGGGGCGCCUCCUCCUCAUCACUGGAGGGAAGGGAAGUCCGUCUCAGCGAAAGGAACAAGUGUCGUGAGUAAUAUUAGGGAGCAAACGACAUCUGUAACCGGUACAGAGGGGUCGAAUGUUGGAGAGGUGGAGCAGGUGGAUAAACAGACAACGAAGGUAGAAGAGAAGAAUUCGGGAGGAAGAGAAAUGAAGAUAAAGGAAGAACAAGAAGACAUGCUCAGAACUCUCCAAAGAAAUCGGACAUGUGUUUAUUCAGACGAUGACCAAGAAGUAACUGUGAGACAAAAGGUGACGAGCGUGUUAAUUGUGGCUUACCUGUGUCUUCAGCUGUUUCUGCCCUUCUCUCAUUUCAUCACCAAGGGAUACAAUACCUGGACUGAAGGCCCAUAUGGCUACAGCUGGGACAUGAUGGUACACUCCUGGGACACUCUCCACGUCAAGAUCACAGUAGUCAAGCUGGACACCGGAAAGAAGUUCUAUAUUGAUCCUAAUGUGUACGUCAACAACGGGCGAUGGACCAGUCACGUGGACAUGGCGGUACAGUACGGGCGUUGCAUAGAGAGCCGACUUCGUGACCACGGUUACGACAACAUUUCUCUCCAUUUCGACGUCUGGAGGUCACUGAAUAGGAGGUUCCAGCAGCGGGUUUACGAUCCUAGUGUGGAUAUUCUUACAGCUCCUUGGUCACCGUGGGAAAAGACUCCGUGGGUGUUGCCCGUGCUCGUCGAGCUAAGUCAGUGGCGUGAUAAGCUGAGAGAACUUCAGGAAGGGCAAACCUCACCUUAUUCAGACAGGAUAUUUGUAGCAGAUUUUCCCGGCAUGAUGCUGGAAAACUUUCUUAGUGAAGAUCUUUCCAACGUUACGAUAGAGGUUCUCCACGGGGAGGUGAGAGUUCUUGUGCCAGUCGUGGAAGGUGGGCCCGCCACUGUUGACCACGAGGAGGGCGAGAAAGAGGCGGAGGAGGAGCUGACACAGAAUGAAACCUGGAAAGUGGUACACCUAGAUAACACGGUAGAAAUCGCGAAUGACAGCUGCCACUCGCAGAAAGGCGAAGAAAAUGUCCUCGCUUAUGGAGGCUGUUUCCCCAAGGAUUCGGACGAAGACAAAGAUUUGAAAGUUCGAUCCGUGGUUCUCCGCGCGGGCGAAUCAAUGGCCCUGCCCAGCGGCACUUUUCACUCUGUCAUCACCACUUCGGCGACGCCUUCCUCGUACAUGUAUAACUUCGUGAAUACAACCAUACAAAAGCAAAUCACCGGUAACACUAACAACGAACGCUCAGGUACCCCUAAACCUACAAACAUGUGUAGUAAUCACAUCACCGAGAAUUAUUUCACACGUACUAGCAAGAAAGCCACGUUGGCAUCGGAAUCGAAAGACUGUAAAACCAAACUGGACGAAACGAAGCCAUCAACCCACACACCCGAUGGAGACAAGAACGUGCAGUCUUACCAGCACGAGUCAGGGGCGAGCGGGAUGCCCUGUGGCGUGCCGACAGUCUGGGACCUCGUGAAGUUUGUGAGGCUGAAGCUUGCCGCUUUCUACAGGAGUGUCAGGCUGCUGCGAGACGCCUGCAGGUAUAUUGUUGCGGGAAUCCCCAUGGAUAUUGCAAGGUAAUA